CUCUCAAUCGUUUUUGCACACACAAUGGCCAAGUCCGGAUCGUGGGAUCGUCACAUCAGCAUCUUCAGCCCCGAGGGUCGGCUGUACCAGAUCGAAUACGCAUUCAAGGCAAUCAACUCUGGCGGCCUGACGAGCAUCGGCAUGCGCGGCAAGGACAGCUGCGUUGUCAUCACCCAGAAGAAAGUUCCGGACAAACUUAUGGAUGCCUCCUCCGUCACGCAUCUCUUCCAGCUCACCGAGGAGAUUGGCUGCGUGAUGACUGGCAUGAUUGCCGACGCACGCGCUCAGGUGCAACGCGCACGGCACGAGGCUGCCCAGUUCAAGUUCACCUACGGCUACCCGAUUCCUGUCGACCAGCUCGCUCGCCGCGUUGCCGACAUUUCCCAGGUUUCUACACAACAAGCAGGCGCCCGCCCACUUGGCUGCUCAAUGAUUCUCAUCGGCUACGACGACGAGUAUGGCGCGCAAUUGUACAAGACCGACCCAGCCGGCUACUACAUUGGCUAUAAGGCUACCUCUGCGGGCAUUAAGAGCCAAGAGGCGAACAAUUACCUCGAGAAGAAAAUCAAAAAGAAUCCCGAGUGGUCGUAUCAAGAAACUGUUGAGAACGCAAUCACCGCUCUCGGCUCCGUCUUGUCGCUCGACUUCAAGCCGUCUGAAAUCGAAGUUGGCGUCGUCACCAAGGAAAACCCAUUCUUCCGAGUGCUAUCCGAGCGCGAGAUUGAGGCACAUUUGCAAACACUUGCCGAGCGCGAUUAAGCAAGCAAAGCUCGUUCAACCAAAAGCGAGUGUAUUCCUCUCCAGCUGACCAGUGAAUAUGCUUUUUGUUUUGCAUUCGAUGAUGAUGUUUCUGCCCAUUUUCAAUGUUGAAUAAUUUUCCGCCAAUUGACUCCAUUCAAACUGA